AUGAGCGGCCGGGUGCCGCUGGCGGAGAGGGCCCUGUCCGAAGGCCACGCCCGGCAGCGGUUCCGGGACACAUCCCUGCUCAUCUGGCAGCAGCAGCAGCGGGAGCUGGAGGCGGUGCCGCCCGGGACCUACCUGAGCAGGAGCCGCAGCAUGUGGUACUCGCAGUACGGGAACCAGGCCAUCCUGGUCCGGGACCGCAACAAGCUCGAGGUCUCCCGGGACACGGGCCAGUCCCGGUUCUGCUCCGUGAUGUGA